AUGCCGCUCAACGGUGCUGCUCCCACCGCAGGCGAGGUGUUUGACGAAAUGGCCGGUAGCGGUGGUUCGAACAAUGCAACUGCUGAGUUCGUGAGCUUGUUGGACACCAACACCGUCGACAUCGAUCAAGCCCCGUUCGCCGCAUUCGAUUACAAUGAAACGGAGGGCGGCGUGGAUGAUCAUGGUGGUGAGGAAGAAGUGGAGGAGAUCGAUGAGGGGGCGUAUGAGCAAUCGCAAACAAAAAGUGAAAAAAGCCAGAGAUCGAAGAACUACACGAUCUUGGAAGAUCAAAUCUUGAUCAGGGCAUGGAGUGCGGGGUCUCUUGAUGCAUGCACGGGAACUUCUCAAACCACCAAGAGGUAUUGGCAAAGGAUCGAAGAUCAAUACUUCCGCAUGAUGGCAAAAUAUCCCAAUAGGACUCCAUGCACCUUUCAGUCGCUUCAAGGGUGUUGGGAUGUGAUCGAGCCAAUUUGCAGCCGUUUGGCAGCUUGCUUGGAGCAAGCACGCAAUGCACCUCCAAGUGGAACCGUGGAAUCCGACUAUGACAAAAUUGGCCAACAUAGAUACAAAGACAUGGAAGCUUCGGAAGGUAAAUUCUUCAAACUAGAGAAUUGUUGGGACUUGCUCAAAGAGUGCGAGAAGUGGGAGUUGAUUGACAAAGAAUCCCCACCGAAGAGAGGUUCACUUACUAACAUGGAUGAAGAUGAGGAUGAUGAUGGUCCAAGAAACUUGAACAAGCCCGAUGUCGACAAGAAGACUAAGGAGAAGAUGAAGAGAGAGCACGAAUCUUCGAGCUUGAGGGAGAAGAUUGAUGUCAUAGUGCAAUCAAAUGAUUUGAUGUUGUUGAAGUCGUUGGAGAUUAAGAAAGAGUUGGUCGAGAAGAAGGCAAGGAAGAAGCAAAAAAAUGGCAGUUGCUCAAGGAAGAGGGGCGGCGCAAAGCGGCCAUUGAGGAGAGAAGAGCAUGCGCCGCUGAAAACAAAGCCAUGUCCAAGUUGCUCGCCGAAGAGAACAAGAUCAUCACAAUGA